AUGAGCGUGGUGCUGCGGAACGCUCAGCGCUCCGUGCCCGUGCGCCGGGCCCCGCUCCGCCGCGCCGUGUGCGCCCUGCGCGCCGCCCUGGGCGCCUCCCGCUUCGAUGUGGGGCUCGUCUGCGCCGGCAACGCGCUGAUGCAGCGUCUGAACGGCGCCUACCGACAGCGCCCGGAGCCCACCGACGUCCUGUCCUUCCCGUUCCACCAGGUGGCGGCGGGGGAGUUGCCGCGGCCGCGCUGCCGCGGCGAGUACAACCUGGGGGACAUCUUCCUGGGCGUGGAGUACAUCCACCAGCAGUGCCGCGACGCCGGGGAGGACUUUGAGGGCGUGCUGGUGGUGACGGCAGCCCACGGACUGUGCCACUUGCUCGGCUACCGGCACGACACGAAACCCGCGUGGGAGCAGAUGUACCGGAAGGAAGCGCAGAUCCUGGAGGAGCUGAACCGCCUUACUGGUUCCCGGCUGCGGCCCCUCACCGCCGGCCUCUUCUGAGGGACCGCCCCGGACGUGGCGUGCGG